AUGUGCUUCGGGGCUCGAACCAAAGAUGACGGCGGUGGUGCUCGUUCGCGCGACCUCGACCGCAUGAUCCGACAAGAUGAGAAGCGCCUAUCGAAAGAAGUUAAGCUGUUGUUGCUGGGUGCUGGAGAAUCUGGAAAAUCCACUGUCCUGAAGCAGAUGAAGUUGAUCUACGCACAAGGUUUCAGCAAGAACGAAAAGCUCGAAUGGAAGCCGGUCGUAUUCAACAACAUUGUCCAAUCAUUCCGUUUGAUCCAAGAUGCCAUGACCGAAAUGGGAAUCGAAUUCAGCAACCCCGAAAAUGAGGCAAGCGACCCCCGAAAAAGCUCCUGUCGACGCCAAUCGCGUGCGACAACCUCGAGACAUUCUAAGCACAUGGCGCAUAUCUUGGUGGAACACGAGAUCAACGCCCAAGACCCUCUCCCGCGCGACUACCUGCAACCUGUCAAAGAACUCUGGGUCGACAGUGGUGUCAAGCAGGCCAUAGCAAAAGGCAAUGAGUUCGCCCUCCACGACAACCUGGCAUAUGGCGCACCACCUGCCUCUGCAGAGCCUAUGGCUGACCGAGAUAGCUUCUGUGACGAUUUGGACCGGAUUUGGGAUGCGAGCUACGAACCCACAGACCAAGAUUUGUUGCGAUCAAGACUGCGAACCACGGGAAUCACCGAAACGGUUUUCGACCUGGGUCAGCUGACAUACCGUAUGUUCGACGUCGGUGGCCAACGUUCAGAACGGAAGAAGUGGAUACACUGCUUCGAAAAUGUUAAUUGCUUGCUCUUCCUUGUCGCCAUUAGCGGAUACGAUCAAUGUUUGGUUGAGGAUAAGGACGGCAACCAAAUGAACGAAGCGCUCAUGCUCUGGGAGUCGAUUGCCAACUCGCACUGGUUCACAAAGUCCGCCCUUAUCCUGUUUCUGAACAAGAUGGAUCUCUUCAAGGAAAAGCUCCCCAACAACCCAAUCACAUCGCACGGUUUCACGGAUUACCACGGCCCCGCCGAAGACUGGAAGUCUGCCAGCAAGUACUUCCUGGACAAGUUCCGCGCCCUCAACCGAAACACCGAGAAGGAGAUCUACGGUCAUUUCACAAAUGCCACCGAUACGAACUUGCUCAAGAUCACCAUGGGCUCGGUCCAGGACAUGAUUAUACAGCGCAACCUCAAGCAGCUGAUACUAUAAGGCAGAGCCAGCAAUAUUGGGCCACCAGGUGGCCCCAGAUCAUCUUCAACCCCCACCCCACGGCAUGCAUGAAACAUGCCAACUCUAAUCGAUACCCGCGGUCUUUCCGGCUUCUCUAAGCUCAUCACGGCCCCGCCCGGCGGCGCUAGUCAUCCAAGAUGAUUGCCACCUCUUUGUCGUAUAUGUACGAUCACACGCCUGGGCCUCCCGGUCAUGAUACAUCAACGAGUCCAUUGCGGACGCCGGCACCGAUAUGGAUGUAUAUUACUCCACUUCCUUUGUGUCUAAUUUCUCGUCAUCUAUUGUUCAUAUGCCGGCGUUGGUCUGAACAGAGAGUUUGGCAAAAAAGAUGGUGGCUGGAUCACUCGGCUAUUUUUUUGCGUAUUGUUAUCAUCACACCGCGGUCGUUGGUGCCGCGCAGUCGAGACCAGUAGAAGAACAGUAAACAAACCACUACGAGUGG